AUGAAAUUUCAUAGUGAGAAUAAUCCCGGAAUUGUUGAAGCGAUUAGAAACAAAACGAAGAAAAAGGUUGAGGAAGACGAACCAUCUUUGAUCCCACAAGAGGAGGAAAUGGGUCGAAUCAGAAUCGGAUUACAUGAGCAUUUAAAUAAACCGAUUGUUUAUGUGUUAUGUUUGGAAUCGGGCUUUGAUGAAGAAGAAAGUGGUGAGGAGGAUGUUAAUGAAGAAAAAAGUGGUGGCAAUGAAGGUGAUGGAGAAGAAAGUGAGGAUGAAGGUUAUGGAGAAGAAAGUGAGAAUGAAGGUGAUAGAGAAGAAAGUGAGAAUGAGUUGAUGAAGAGAUAUGAGAAGUGCAAGAACAAGUCCAAGGAGGAGAAGUUCAACAACAAGUCCAAGGAGGAGACGCUCAAGAACAAGGAUCACAAGGAUGUUUUUCAUCGUAUGAAACCAGGAACGUCAGUGAGUAUGAUGAAGAAUUGGCCAUUGGAAGGACUGGAAUCAACCGUUGGAGAAGUUUAA